AUGAAGGUGUUGCUGCGCCUUAUACAACUCAUUCCCUUCAUUCUUGUAUCUAUAACAUCCUCGACGUCGACAACGUUUGUUUUCAACAGCGAGCAGUUCGCUAACUGGGUCAUGAAAAACUUUUUAAUUGCUGCGGAUGCUUUUGACAUUUUGGACUCUGUCGAACAGGUGCAUGGCGCCUGGUGGGACGUUUCAACUGUGUGCCUCCACUUAUGGAUUGCCGGACUUCAUUGUCUGUUCUUCAGCAAUCUCUCCGGAGAAGGCAACAUUGCUUCUUUUGAAUCGGAACACUCAUCAAUAUCUACUAAUUCUGAGCAUUCGGAACGGGAAUCUGACGCUUCGUCGACCUCCUCAGAAUUUUCAGGUUCCGCGGAUGAUACAGCCUCAAACUCUUACUAUGAGUCGUCAGACUUUUCAGUUCCGGAUACUGUAGUUCGACAAACAAACCAAAGCGCAGAGGAAACAGGCACCCUAGUCACUGUAUCGGAAGACCGUCGCAGCAGGUUUAUACAAGGUCUCCGGCGCGUAAGAAAUUGGCUCUCAGAACACCUCGCUUGCCCCUCGGCAAUCAGUAAUUGGCUCAACUGUGUCGUCUUUGACGUUAAAAUAUGGGUACUUAUAGCACCUAUCAUGCUUCAGGAUGUUUAUUUCCUCUGUUGGAGGUGCUAUAUUAUGCACCAUGGUUAUCAAAUGGACACUACAAUUAUAUGUUUCAUUACAAAAAAUGCACUUUUGAUCCCGCUGCACAUUUUUUUGGCCUGGGUCCACCUACGAGGACAGUCUGAUGAACCCUCGUCUGCUUCUCAAAGUAGCCCUGCUAACUCUCACUCAAGUGCUUAA